UAAAUCCAAUGAGAAUGAAUGUUAACAAAAAAGACGACGAUUUCUACUACAAAGAAAAACCCGCAGAGGAGCCUUGUUGUUCUAAGUUGCCCGAAAAUAAGUGCUGUGAAAGCGGAAGACCGAUGAUGGACGUAGACGAUAUAACACUCGAAGACUCCGAAGAAGAUAUAAUUGCGAAGCGUCCUAAAAUUCCAAAAAUCUACUAUGGUUCCCGAACUCACAAGCAGAUUGAGCAAAUUAUACGGGAACUUAAGAAAACAGCCUACAGAGAUAAAAGAAUGACGAUACUAAGUAGUCGGGAACAUUCGUGUAUUCAAAUGAGUACAGUUAAAAGCAAGACGCAACUAUGCAAUGAGUUGCUCGAUCCUUUAAAGAAAAUUGGCUGCCCUUAUUACAAUGAGGCAAACAAAAAGACCAUGGGCUCCUUCGAGAGGUUACGGAACCUUGGAUUCGAUGGACCCUGGGAUGUGGAAGAUCUAGUUCAAACUGGAAAAGAAAUGGGAUGCUGCCCAUAUUUUGCAGCGAGGGAAUUAAUGCAAUGGGCAGAUAUUGUCUUUUGUCCAUACAAUUACAUAAUUGAUCCUUCCAUUCGUGAAACUAUGCAACUUGAUCUUAAGGAUCAAAUAAUAAUUCUGGAUGAAGCUCACAAUAUCGAGGACAUCUGUCGAGAUGUGGCGAGCAAAACAAUUAGAGAGGACGAUCUUGAGCAGGUUAUGUACGAAUGUAAACAUCUUGUUACAGCUAAAGACAGCGGAGUAAAGUUUACCUACAGUAAUAUUCGUCGAUAUUGCGAAAAAAUGUCGAAAUUUCUUCAAUCACAACCUGUCACACCCAUCAACAAUGGAGACGAUCAUUGCAGUUCAUAUUGGAUGGGACAUGAACUCCAGCAAUUGCUAGACAUUAAUGGAUUGGGAGGUAAUGAGCAAUCUAUGUUUUACGAAUCCUGUAAGAUAGCUAUCCUGGAUUUCAACAAUGCAAAAGAAAAAUUACGUGGGAUGUGGAACCCCGAUCCAAAAAAAUCCGAAAGGCCAACAAUAACUCAGAAUACGAAGGUAAUACUCGAAGAUUUGGUGUUUCUGCUCGAAAAGACUGAGUGUCCACGAGAAGGAGUACAUUUCAAAGCUUGCGUUACUGAAAGCUUUGUUCGAGAUUUUAAAGUCUUUGCGGAGGAUAAUAAAUGGAUCGCAACAGACCGACCUCACAGGAAGCGGAUGCGCAUGUUGAAAUUGUUGUGUUUGUACCCAGGUGUGAUUUUCAAGCCUCUUACAGAUUUGGCUCGAUCGAUUAUUUUGGCAUCUGGUACUCUCGCGCCUACAAACUCUUUCCAGAGUGAACUUGGAACUUCUUUUCCGAACAUGUUGCAAGCCAAUCAUGUCAUUCCGAAAGAUCAGGUCUAUGUUCGAGGAAUUGCACGUGGACCUACAGGAAUUCCUCUUAAAGCGAAUUAUCAAAACACAAACCUGUUUAACUUUCAGGACGAAUUAGGAAGACUGCUAGUCCAAGUAUGCGAAUCAGUACCACACGGAGUCCUCUGUUUCUUUUCCUCGUACAAAAUGAUGAACACACAAAUUGAAAGGUGGAAGGAAACUUACACUUGGAAUGAACUACAAAGAACAAAGAACGUUCUGAUAGAACCUCGUUAUGGAGGUGAAUUGGACGAAGUUAUGACUGAAUUCCGAACAGUUAUAAGAGACACUUCAAACUCAAGUAGAUUUGGAAUCACAGGCGCUCUUCUUUUCGCAGUUUUUCGUGGGAAAGUCGCCGAGGGAAUCGACUUCAGUGAUAAUGAAGCCCGCUGCGUUUUAACAGUUGGCAUUCCUUUCGCUGUUCGCAAAGAUCCUCCCGUAGAUAUGAAAAUGAUGUACAAUGAUUUAAAUAGAUCAAAAGGCCUUCUUAGUGGCGGAGAUUGGUAUUCAAUUCAAGCAUUUCGAGCACUAAAUCAAGCUCUUGGGCGAUGCAUCAGACAUAAAAACGAUUGGGGAGCAGUUUUGGUUGUCGACGAGAGGUUUUUGAGCAACUUCACUGUCAAUAAUCUUCCAAAAUGGAUCAAGACUAUGUGGAGAAAUCCUUCUCAAGUGAAUCUGAAAGACGAACUAAAAGAGUUCGUGCAAAUUCAAAAGAUUCAAGAAGAGGAAAGAAUGAAUGCAUGUUAAAUACAAUUAUUUUAGACUUUUGUUUAUUAACUAUAUUUUGUUUCUUUUCUUAAUUUAGCGUUUAUUGGUAAUAAUUAAUUAAAUUUAAGCGACCUAGGGGACCAAAUAAAGUGUAUUUCUUUUAGGGAGUAAAGAACUGACACUUAAAUUUAAUUGUGAACUGUACUGAAUGUUUCGGUGUUUCUAAUUUUUGUUUUAUUAUCAACAUUCUUUUUGUACAUGAUUGACCGUAACUAUAUACCUUGGAUAGAGUUCGUUAAUAAACUGUAAUUAUAUUAUUA